CCACGAACUCAAUCAAUAAUAAUUUACUAACGCAUCAUGACUGUGUUGUGUAUCUUUCAAGUAAUAAUUAAUUAAUAAUAGAGUUAAAUAGUUAAUUCAUACAUUACGUUAAAUAACGUAUUUUUAUUGAAUGAUUAUUAUGCAUCGUGUAGGCUAGCAUGUCUGAUAGAUUGGAAUCAGAAAUGCGGGACUUAUCAAAUGCAGCAGUAAAAGGUUUAACAGAUAGUGGUAGUCCAUCUUCGAUAUCAAACAUACCUACAAAAAGUAAGGAACCGGUAGAAGUAGUUUCUAAACUCUCGCCAGAUUCAUCGGAACCCGACACUUUGAAAAUACUUGAGAAUGGAUUAGAUAACAAUGCAUCCAAAAUCUCAUCCGAAUCAAAAAAUUCUGGCACUAUUUCCAAUAAUAAACCAUCUGAAAGAGAAGGGAACUGCUAUUGUGGGAAAGAGAGAAAUUUGAACAUAGUCGAACUACUCUGCGCCAAUUGUAACCGCUGGUUCCAUGAAUCAUGUAUUGGAUAUCAGCUGGGCAAACUUGUUCCAUUCAUGAUGAAUUACAUAUUUGUCUGCAAGAAUUGCUCGCCAACGGGUUUAGAGAGCUUCAAGAAAACUCAAGCUCUGUUCCCUCAGAUGUGUGUGACAGCCCUGGGUAAUUUAAUGCAGCAGACAAUCAAAGAAGGAGCUUCUCAAACUGAGUUCUCAAAAGACAAGCACAUCAUACCUUUCAUAGACUGUCACUGGGAUAGUAUGACUACAACACCAAGAAGAGUGACCCAGUCUUGGCAUUCCACUGUUCUGAGAGCACUGAUAAAGGAGACAAAUAUCAUAUUCGCGUGCAAUGAAUCAGCUCCGAAUGGACCUUUGUACAGUUUAAUGGCUCCAGAUGUGACACAAAUCAAGCCCAACUAUGAAGCAAUGAUAAAGGGUGGUCAUCUCAAGGUCACCGAAAUGGGAAUACAGCACGGUGGUGGAACUGGCUUGAAAGGAAGGAAUGCGAAAAGAAAAGUACCGGGCGAGGGAGGUACCGGAGCAGGCAAGAAGGGGAGAGGGGCAGGUGACUUAUCAGCGCCCAAGCUGCCUGCCCAUGGAUAUCCUCUCGAGCACCCCUACAACAAAGACGGUUAUCGUUAUAUCCUUGCGGAACCCGAUCCAAAUGCUCCCUUUAGACAGGAAUUUGAUGAGAGCAGUGAUUGGGCCGGCAAGCCAAUUCCUGGAUGGCUGUAUCGUACCCUCAGCCCAGCUUCAGUGCUACUGGCACUUCACGACAGAGCCCCUCAGUUGAGAAUUUCCGAAGAUAGGCUGACUGUAACUGGAGAUAAAGGCUACUGUAUGGUUAGAGCCACACACGCUGUUAGUAGAGGCUGCUGGUAUUAUGAGGCAGUCAUUGAAGAAAUGCCUGACGGCUCUGCAGCUAGGUUGGGAUGGGCUCAGGAGUACGCUAAUCUGCAAGCUCCACUUGGAUAUGACAAGUUUGGUUACUCGUGGAGGUCAAGGAAAGGAACUCGUUUUCAUGAAUGCAGAGGAAAGCACUUCAGCCGAGGCUUUGGCGAAGGAGAUACUCUGGGAUGUCUGAUAGUGCUUCCUACGGAUAACAGUCGCUCUCACAUUCCACAGACUUACAAAGACAGGCCGCUUGUGAAGUUCAAGAGCCAUCUCUACUACGAAGAAAAAGACCGAGUAACAGAGUGCUUGAAGAAUUUGAAACCGUUGCCUGGAAGUAAAAUAAUCUUCUUCAUAAAUGGAGAGUAUCAAGGGGAAGCAUUUGUCGACAUCUAUGCUGGAGCUUACUAUCCAACCAUUUCAAUCCAUAAGAGUGCAACAGUUUCAGUGAAUUUCGGACCAAACUUCAAGAAUCUUCCAUCUACUUCGGAAUACAACUACAGAGGCAUGUGGGAAAAAGCAGAGGAAGCUAUUUGCGAGCAGACUAUGGCAGAUUUAUUAUACCUCACAGAGAAUGAUGGAAAAUUGAGAUUGGAUGCUUUACCUUGAUGGAAUUGAAUUUGAAGGAAUGAUACAUUAAGUACUUUUAGUUUUUAUUUCUUUGAGUUUAAAAUCUUGAAGUUGACGUUUUGUUGAGUGACAGUUUCUUCAAUUCGAUUCAGUAAGUAUUGCUCCAAUAUGAAUGCGUUUUCUGUGGUCUAUAUAUUGAACCUCCAAAGUUGUUUAUGUCCUCAGCUCAAGUUCAUUACUUAGUAUUAAGAAAUUGAUAUUAUUAUGUUUGGUGAUGAAAUAACUUGUCAUUUUAUUUCAAUUGUAUUUAUUCAUGAUUACGAAUACUUACAAAAACUUAAUCAUACGUAUGAUAAAUGAUAAUACGUAUCAUUCAUGUUGAGUGUGAAUCCUAUCACAACAACGUUAUUGUUAUAAUAAUAUUAGUAUGGCUUUUUACGACUCCUUGGCGGAAGUAGCACCUCGCCUCAGUAAUGCCUCACUCGUUUAAAUGCCUCAGCUCAUGAGCUUCUAGCUUGUGAGAGGGCAAUGGGGAGAAAUGAUGAGAUGAUCAGACGUCCUUGCCUACCGACGGCAUUCUACCCACGACCAGGUAGCGCUAUCAGAAAGAAGGGUGCAAUACCUUGGUCAUCUCGGCUAAUUCUAUCCUGGCCGUCAAUUUAUUAUUCAAAUAUUAUUCCACUCAUUUUAAAAUUAUUUUUCAAAAAGGUUCAAUUAUUCUACAUUCUUUUAUAACAAUGAUUAUUUUGUCCAUUCUUAUAUUUUCUUAAUUGUUUCACACAUUCUUAUAUUAUUAUUCAUUAUAUUACAUUCUAAUAUUAUUUGUUCAUUAUUAUAUUUUUCUAUUGUUUCACACCUGAUAUUAUCAAUAAUUGUAUUACAUUCUUAUGUUACCGCAAAUCAACUUAAUUAUGUAACAGAUAUUUUCUAAUUUCCCCAUAAUUUACCAAAAACGAUAUUAUCAGUAAAUCAGUACCGGUUAUUACUCUCCAUUAAUUUCUCAGUAGCAUAAAUAAAUGAUUCUAUUAAAUGUGUGGGGUCUUUUAACGAGCAGAUUCCUAUCUCUCAUUUAAUUCGAGAUGGAGGCCAUAACAUUUUAAAUACAUAGGGGGGUUCACUUUCUUGUCCGAAUUGGCGUUGUGCAAAUGUUGUUUGUAUCCUACCAACUCCUACGUCUCAACGACAUGCAAACCUUAAUCUGUUGAAACAUGUUAGUCUGUUGAGUUCUUAAACAAAUCUCCACUGAUUCAUAUGAGAAAAUAUCACCCGUAUAAAUUUUAGGUGAUGAUUACUUUGAAAAAAUUUUUAAGAACCUUCAAUUAUCCAUGCGAUUUCAAAAUGCACUGCUUCAAUAUAAAACCUGUUUCUGAGCUAUGCUAAUAUAGUAUAAAAAAUAGGGACAUUCGUUUGUGUAUCACAAUACCCUGUAUUUUCCAGUGAUCGAAAAUUACCACUUUAUUAUUAAUAUAAUCCUUUUGAUGUAUUAACACAUUACCAGCCUUCACUUACAUAGUUUGUUUCUCGACUCUAUGUAAUCUGUCACUAUUGUCGAGUAAUAUUAAUGAAGAUAAUUUAUAUAGAUAUAAAAAAUAUAUAUAUAAAUGUGUUAACUUAUGUUCAUUAUUUUUCUUUGAAUUGUAGACAACAUGAAAUCUAUUCACAUAUGUCAAAUACAUGAAUAUCGUAGUCUUUGUUUUGUUAAUCAUAGUCCGUUUUAACCAGAUCUUUAAUAUGGAAAUUGAUUUGAAGUGCAUUCUUCUGUUUGUAUGUAGCCUACUAUUUAGAAAAGCCUACAUCAAUAUCACCGAUUAAUAUUUUUUUCUUUUUCUGAAUCUUUUCAUAUUAUUUGAAUCCACCAACAGUUUAUCCUUAGAGUGUUGUGGCUGUCAUACAUAGAAGUGGCGUUGUACAGUACUCGUUCUCUAGCUUUGCCUACCUGCCCUUGAAGAUGCAUAUGGUUCGCGGGGUGACAUCCAUACCUUAGACUCGAUAGUCCCUAUAGAUGAAGGAAGCUCCCUGCAGAGCUUCCUUCAUUCUUGACUCCCUCCUACUGGCCUAUCAAGAUCAUAAUAUGCAUCUGCUUAGCAUGGUAGAUGCACGCGUAUGUUCAUCUCUUUGCAGAAUUUCAGCAGGACCUAUUAUAAUGUUUUUUCUUGAAAAAAAAACUCAUUUCUCUACAUUUCAUACAAAAUUUUUAUAUAUACGAAGUAUUAAAAACAACAAUUUUCCACAUUACUAACUUUUUCAAGUAAUGAAGAUUUCAAGUUGAAAAUUUCUCGACUCAAGUACCUCGUUUAAGAGAGAUCAUUGGCCAAUUUCCGACUCAAUUGCAUUCCUCCCACAAUUCGCAUGAUAUAAGUUUUAUCGAUUUAUGAUGUUAGUUUGAAAAAACUGUGUUUGAAACGAAAAGGGAACUAUUUAAAAUAUAGUCUGAUUCUUAUUAAAUUCUAUUCAUCUUCUAAAUGUUCAGAUUCAUGUUAAAAGUUCAAAGGACAAAAAAUGCGUAAUCAUUAGUUUUAUGGAAUUGAGUUUGUAAUAUUGUAAAGGGUUGAAAAAUGAUUUGGAAAGGGUAGUAUUGAACUCAAGCGGUCCUCCGCCGGCAGGCAAAGCUAAAGGACGGGGGCUCUACCUAAUUAUUAGUUUUUACCGCACGGAGGUAUGUUUUGUCUUGUGCUUAUAUUUAUUUUUUUUUCAGUUACUUUAUGGUAAAUCGGUACCAAAACCUUGUUUUUAUCUGGCUUGAUUCUAAGGCUGCCUAAUCAUUCAAACCAAUAAUUAGCUAUUUUUAUUUUAGUGACAUUAUUAAUAAUAGUUUAUAACCAUUUAUAUUCACGCAUCAACAUUGCGCAUUAUAAAGUAUAUAUUCACGUUUUUAUUUUUUGAGUUCUUUCACUAUAUUUACCGUAGCAAAUGACUUUUGAACUGUAUGAUACUGAUAGAUAUUAUUUUGAUGCCAGGUUUAUUGUCAUUUAAGAAGGUUCAAUUAUUUACUGCAUACUGCAGUGCACAAUUAUUUGUUUUAUUUGGAAACAUUGUUUUAUUCUGAUUACUCAGGAUUAAUAAUAAUUAAUCUUAUAAUAAUUAAUUCAAAAUCCCACUGCGUUGUUUUCAAACUUUGUAUUAAAUAAUUUUUGUGACAACUAAAUAUUGACUCUUCAAUCAUUAUUUUAAAUUAUAAUGAUUUAAAAUUAGUUUAUUUUAUUGAUACAUCUUUUAAUGAAUGAUAAUUCAUUGUGCACUGAAGAAUUGUUGGAACAAAUUAUCAUCACAUAAUCUCUUUAAUUGUGAUGUUAGUUUUGAAUGUACGAUUUAAUGAUAAAAGCUUUUUGUGUGAAAUAAAUAUUUCAUUAUUGGUGAA